AUGCAAAAAAUAGGAGUACACGGACCCUCCCGUUUCCCCUACGCUGGAGGUGCAUCCGCAACCCACAGAGCUUCGACCCCUCCCCCUGUUUCCCUUCCCGCUCCUAUUGGCACCUACUGUGCCCCGGUACAGGUGGGCGAAGGUGGGAUGCGGCCGGUGGAAAACCUCCCCGGCCGGCAGGCAUCGCGGGCUCUUAUCAACCUUCUGCUGCCGAAGUACCAGGUCUUGCAGCAGGGGACUCUGCGUGGGGGUGGAUUUGCGGCCGAUUACGGCUGCUCGAACGACAGGAGGCACUCGUUACCGGUAACAGUCCCGCAAAAUGCGGCCUCCAUGGGACAAUCUUCCGGCCCGAAAAAUGCGACCGCCGCGGGACAGUGUUCCGGCACGGCUGCGGGGUUUUCCACAAAGUGUGGAAGCUGUUGCCGACGGACCAGUGCGCCGGCGGCAGCGGCGGCGGUAGUGGCAUGGCAAGAAGAAACCAAGGAUGGAAUGGUAGCAGUGUCGGGUCGCAGCAUCGCUACCUCAAUAAGAGGAGAAGAGGCCGCGUCAGAUGUCAAGCAUGCACGAGCACCCGACGAGCGUCCGGUGGAUGUGGAUGCCGAGAGCGGAGGACGCGUGCAGUUGCCCAUUAUCGGGGGUCUUGAGGAUCACGAUGCCGUACCCAUACUGAAUAAAACGGUUUCCACGCAAGGUCCAGAAGCGAUGAGGACAGCAGGCACGCCGCUCAGGCAACAGGCGACAGCCUCUCCGACCACCGCCGCAGCGGCAGCACCAAGACCAGAUGAGAAAGAAAAAGCUGGAAGACUAGCCUCCUCGACACCGAAAGCCCCACAAGAAACCCCAACAACGCCCCUUUCGAUACUGCCAGCAGCAGCACUCAAACUCGGGGCGGCGAGUGCCAGCAGGUUUCCAGAAACACAGAGGCGUUGCGAAAACACCGAGGCCGUCCAAACCAAGACUGUUGACGACGGUUUCCGCGAUGCUCGAGGGUCCAUGGGGCCGGAACCACCUCCAGCUCCCGGGAGCCCCAGCAACACGUGUUUGGCGCCACCCCGUCGAGAGCAGCGGCCGGAGGAAGAAGUCUGGGAGGCUUUUUAUUUUUACCAACGAGGAGGAAUAAAGGACAACUUCAAUGUAAGGCUACGGACUUCCAUGGCCUCUGCGGGAGGGUUUUCCGGCCGGGGUGUCGACAAACUCGGACACUUUGUCAUGGAAGGCAGCCCACUCCUCGAUCGUGGGGCAGGCGAGACCUGGUGGGUGUGGUUCUGUAUCGUCCCGUGGCUUGUCCUCAAUAUUGUGGGCACCUGGUUGCCAAACGAUAAAUUAAAAAAUUUAGCCCAGCGUCCACAUUAG